GCAUCACCCAAGUCAUCGAUAUAUGCACUUGCGUGCGAUCCAUUAGGAACUGUGUUAGUCUCUGGAUCACCUGAAAAAAUCGUUCGUGUAUGGGACCCUCGCUCGGCCAAACAGAUCACGAGCUUUACUGGGCAUACUGACAAUAUAAGAGCCGUUUUAGUUAGUGACGAUGGUGAAUUGAUCUUAUCUGGUUCAUCCGAUACUACCAUUAAAUUGUGGUCUCUUAGAGCUCAGCGAUGUGUCAAUACAUUUACCAUUCACUCCGAUUCUGUUUGGUCUUUGCACUCUGAUCAUCCUAGGUUGGAAACAUUCUACGCUGGUAGCAAGGAUGGAUUU